CAUCACCUCCGUCCAGCAGUAGGGCAGGCAACUGGGGAGGGGGUUUAUGCAUCCUGUCCCUGGAGGUGGUGGUAGCCACCUUCUUCACCUGUCUACUGCAGUUGAUCCUUCCUUGCUGUGCUGCAGUGGAGGGAGGAAGAAAGAAGGGCACAGGGACCGCUUACACCUGAGACGGACUACGGAACAGCACGUACCAGAGGUUGAAGUGCAAGUCAAACGUAGAAGGACGGCCUCACUGAGCAAUCAAGAGUGUCAGCUGUACCCGAGGCGAUCUCAGCAACAGCAAAUACCUCUGCUGGAUUUCCAGGCAGAACUGAGACAGGCAUUCUUAGCUGAGACACCAAGAGGUGGUUAAAACAGUAUUGGAACAUCCAGGUAGCUGAUUGCUCCAUCUACUGUUUGAAGCUUCUGCCCCAGCUUGCGUUGUUUGUAGGAGAACCUGCAUCAUCCUUUUAUCUGUAGCCUUCCCUUAGGUCUUAAAGAUCCUGACACUUUACUGCGGACGUUGGAUUUGGAGAAA